AUUCUUCCAAAAUCAGUUUUAUUUUUUGUGGCGUCAUUUGUUUUUUUUUUUUUUUUUUUCUUUUUAUGAGAGUGUUAUUUUAAUAUUUUUUUGUGCUUAACAGUGGCGAGGAAUAAACACUUUUCCUGAAAUACGGAAGGGGCAGGAGAAUAGCUGAGACAUUGGAAAGUACGACAUGAUGCUUAGGCCUUGUGUUCGUUAGAAUACAGACAUGUCAGGAGUGGAUGCAGUCUCAGGGUAUUGUAUUCUCCGAACUAUGAACUUUGGUAUCCAUACGACUUAAUUUAAGCAUGUUUGCUUUGCUUUGUCUCAAGAAUUUCACUUUGCUAAUUUAGAGGUUUUCCUUCUAGGCUCUUGGAUUUAUGAGUCACAGAAAUGAAGGCAGGGAGACCAAAAGGUACUUUGUGGGAAAGAAAUGGCCGUGCUUUGGGAUGAAGCUUUAAGUUUGUGAAAAGAAAUGAAGAGUGGACAGUCCAGGGAAGUGCACGGCUGUCUGUAACGUGCCGCCGGGUCCCAGGAUGGAGGAGUGAAGUCUCGGCGUCGCGCCGGUUCCAGCUCGCAGAGCCCGCCGGAAGCCAGUCCCCGGAGAGGAGAGCGCCCUGAGGGAGCAGGGUGGCCGCCUGGUCCAGGAAUGUUUACCCUUGCGGAAGUUGCUUCACUUAAUGACAUUCAGCCAACGUACCGAAUCCUGAAACCAUGGUGGGACGUGUUUAUGGAUUACCUGGCUGUCGUUAUGUUGAUGGUAGCCAUCUUUGCAGGAACCAUGCAACUUACCAAAGAUCAGGUGGUCUGCUUGCCAGUAUUGCCAUCUCCUGUAAAUUCAAAGGCACACACAGCACCAGGAAAUGCCGACGUUACCACCAACAUCCCGAAGAUGGAAUCAGCCACAGACCAAGACCAAGAUGGGCAGAUGACAAAUGAGAUUUCCUUUGGCGCAUCUGCUGUGACACCUGACAUACCUCUCAGAACCACAUCUCCUCACACAGAUUCCACGGUUCCAAAUCAGGAGGCAAAGAAAGAAAAGAAAGACCCAACAGGCCGAAAAACAAACUUGGAUUUUCAGCAAUAUGUGUUUAUUAAUCAGAUGUGUUACCAUCUGGCCCUUCCGUGGUAUUCUAAGUACUUUCCAUACCUUGCUCUUAUACAUACUAUUAUUCUCAUGGUCAGUAGCAACUUUUGGUUCAAAUAUCCCAAAACAUGCUCAAAAGUAGAACAUUUCGUUUCAAUAUUGGGAAAGUGCUUUGAAUCUCCUUGGACUACUAAAGCGUUGUCUGAGACAGCCUGCGAAGACUCGGAGGAAAACAAGCAGAGAAUGACAGGUGCCCAGACUCUACCAAAGCAUGUAUCUACCAGCAGUGAUGAAGGCAGCCCCAGCGCCAGCACCCCAAUGAUCAACAAAACUGGCUUCAAAUUUUCAGCCGAAAAGCCCGUGAUCGAAGUCCCCAGCAUGACCAUCUUGGACAAAAAGGAUGGGGAACAGGCCAAAGCUCUGUUUGAGAAAGUGAGGAAGUUCCGCGCUCAUGUAGAAGACAGUGACUUGAUCUAUAAGCUCUAUGUGGUCCAAACAGUUAUCAAAACAGCCAAGUUCAUUUUUAUUCUCUGCUACACUGCAAACUUUGUCAAUGCAAUCAGCUUUGAACACGUCUGCAAGCCCAAAGUUGAGCACCUGACUGGCUACGAGGUGUUCGAGUGCACCCACAACAUGGCAUACAUGCUGAAAAAGCUGCUCAUCAGUUACAUAUCCAUUAUUUGUGUUUAUGGUUUUAUCUGCCUCUACACUCUCUUCUGGUUAUUCAGGAUACCUUUGAAGGAAUAUUCUUUUGAAAAAGUCAGAGAAGAGAGCAGUUUCAGUGACAUUCCAGAUGUCAAAAAUGAUUUUGCGUUCCUCUUACACAUGGUAGACCAGUAUGACCAGCUCUAUUCCAAACGUUUCGGGGUGUUCUUGUCAGAAGUCAGUGAAAAUAAACUUAGGGAAAUUAGUUUGAACCAUGAGUGGACAUUUGAAAAACUGCGGCAGCACGUGUCACGCAAUGCCCAGGACAAGCAGGAGCUACAUCUCUUUAUGCUGUCAGGUGUGCCCGAUGCUGUCUUUGACCUCACAGACCUGGAUGUGCUAAAACUUGAGCUGAUUCCAGAAGCUAAGAUUCCCGCUAAGAUUUCUCAGAUGACUAAUCUCCAAGAGCUUCACCUCUGCCACUGCCCUGCAAAAGUAGAACAGACUGCUUUUAGCUUUCUCCGCGAUCACUUGAGAUGCCUUCACGUGAAGUUCACUGAUGUGGCGGAAAUUCCCGCCUGGGUGUAUCUGCUCAAAAACCUUCGAGAACUGUACUUGAUAGGCAAUUUGAACUCUGAAAACAAUAAGAUGAUAGGACUUGAAUCUCUCCGAGAGUUGCGGCACCUUAAGAUUCUCCACGUGAAGAGCAAUUUGACCAAAGUCCCCUCCAACAUUACAGAUGUGGCCCCACAUCUUACGAAGUUAGUCAUUCAUAAUGACGGCACUAAACUCUUGGUACUGAACAGCCUUAAGAAAAUGAUGAAUGUCGCUGAGCUUGAACUCCAGAACUGUGAGCUAGAGAGAAUUCCACAUGCUAUUUUCAGCCUCUCUAAUUUACAGGAACUAGAUUUAAAGUCAAAUAACAUACGCACAAUUGAAGAAAUCAUCAGUUUCCAGCAUUUAAAACGACUGACUUGUUUAAAAUUAUGGCAUAAUAAAAUUGUUACCAUUCCGCCCUCUAUCACCCAUGUCAAAAACUUGGAAUCACUUUAUUUCUCUAACAACAAGCUCGAAUCCCUACCAGUGGCAGUGUUCAGUUUACAGAAACUCAGAUGCUUAGAUGUAAGCUACAACAACAUUUCCAUGAUCCCAAUAGAAAUAGGAUUGCUUCAGAAUCUGCAGCAUUUGCAUAUCACAGGGAACAAAGUGGACAUUCUGCCAAAACAGUUGUUUAAAUGCGUUAAGUUGAGGACUUUGAAUCUGGGGCAAAACUGCAUCACCUCCCUCCCAGAGAAAAUCGGUCAGCUCUCCCAGCUCACCCAGUUGGAGCUGAAGGGGAACUGCUUGGACCGCCUGCCAGCCCAGCUGGGCCAGUGUCGCCUGCUCAAGAAGAGCGGGCUUGUCGUGGAAGAUCACCUUUUUGACACCCUGCCACUUGAAGUCAAAGAAGCGUUGAAUCAAGACAUAAAUAUUCCCUUUGCAAAUGGGAUUUAAACUGAGAUCAUACGUGCACAUCCGUGUGCAGGAACAACUUCCUAGGUUGCAGAUGCUCACGUACCAGUUAUUGCAAGAUAAUGCAUUAUAGGAGUAGAUACACCUU